CAGCCCAUCCAGAGGGGGAUCUCUUGUCCCUCUGAGGAAGCCAACAGCACCAAAAUUGUGGAGGCCUUCAAUGCUUGGAAUGACUCGGAAGCCAAUGCCUACACACUCAUGGAUCUGCCUCUUAGAGCCCCAACAAAGAUGACAGUGCAAGAUGUUCCUGAUGCCUUUCCUACAGUGGAUGUCCCAGACCAUGCCCAUUAUACGAUUGGAAUAGUCAUUCUCUUAGUGGGGAUCACAGGAACUCUGGGUAAUUUCCUGGUCUUCUAUGCUUUCUGCAGGACUAGGAGCCUUCGGACUCCAGCCAACAUGUUCAUCAUCAAUCUGGCUAUUAGUGACCUCCUGAUGUCCAUCACACAGUCUCCAGUUUUUUUCACCAACAGCCUCCACAAACGCUGGAUUUUUGGCGAGAAAGGCUGUGAGCUGUAUGCCUUCUGUGGAGCUCUCUUUGGCAUUACAUCUAUGAUCACUUUGAUGGUGAUUGCCUUGGACAGAUAUUUUGUCAUCACAAAACCUCUGGCUUCUGUUGGAGUGACAUCUAAGAAGAAGGCCCUAAUAAUCCUGGUAGGAGUCUGGCUGUACUCUUUGGCUUGGAGUCUCCCACCCUUCUUCGGAUGGAGUGCAUAUGUUCCUGAGGGGCUGCUGACUUCCUGUUCCUGGGACUACAUGACUUUCACCCCAUCAGUCCGCGCCUACACGAUGCUGCUUUUCUGCUUUGUCUUCUUCAUUCCUUUGAUUGCCAUCAUAUACAGCUAUGUCUUUAUAUUUGAGGCUAUCAAGAAGGCCAACAAGUCUGUUCAGACAUUUGGAAGCAAACAUGGAAAUAAAGAGCUCCAGAAACAGUAUCGGAGGAUGAAAAAUGAGUGGAAGAUGGCCAAAAUUGCACUGAUUGUCAUCUUGCUUUUUGUCAUUUCCUGGUCACCAUACUCUGUUGUUGCUCUGGUAGCUUUUGCUGGGUAUUCCCAUGCCCUAACACCCUUCAUGAACUCCAUACCAGCUGUGAUUGCCAAAGCUUCUGUCAUCCAUAACCCCAUCAUUUAUGCCAUCACUCACCCCAAAUACAGAAGAGCCAUUGCAACACAUGUUCCUUGCCUUGGAUCCCUACUGAGGGUUUCUCCCAGAGAUUCACGGUCUUCCAGCAGUUAUUACUCCUCCAGACGAGCCACCGUAACCAGCCAGUCUUCUGAGACAAGUGGGCUGCAGAAAGGAAGAAGGAGACUGUCUUCUCUCUCUGACAGUGAAUCAGCCUGUACUGAAACAAGUACUCCAGAGUUGCAAGUCUCCAGACUUGCCAGAAGACAGAUUCCCAAUGAAAGGGGUAAAGACACAAUUCCAACUAGUGACAUAAGAGCCAAACCCGAACUGAAGAGCCAGGAUUCUGGGAUCUGUGAGAAGACAUCAGUAGAUGCUGAUGACAUAUUGAUGGUGGAACUGAAUGUCAGAAUGGCUACACCUACUAAAACAUCUAAAAUGUGCAACCUGGAGGAAAUCAAGGUCAGUGAGAGCCUGAACAGUAUUGGACAAAGGAAAGGAGAGUCUUGCUAUGGAUCACUGGCAGCUCAGAUACCCAGCAUUACAAUAACAUGCAGCAAUGUCCAAGGAGUAGAGCUGCCUUCUAGAUACAACUCUGGUUUCCUGUACCCUAAGACCAACAGUCACAAGCAGAACAAGAAGCCCAACAGUUAAGUAAGUGAGUGGUGCAAGCCAGAAUAUCAUCCUAGCCAAUAGCUCUGGAACAGCUAUGGACUGACUGAAUCCAGAAUACCUUCCUGCAUUGGUCUGAAAUGCCCCUACAAAGACACAACACAAGACAAGCAAGGAGUAAAGCAGGAAGAGUGAUCUUUUCAGCAUCAGAACUCUCUCCAGCGGUUCAUGUCUUGAUCUGAGUCACACUGUAUUUUAUUAUUUCUUCUUUAUGCAGCUCAUGAAACAAUUUCUUUCAUUUGGAUUUUACUCUGCUCAGGUAUAUUCCACCACUACACAGACCUUACCUACAAGCC